ACGCAUAAUGGGUGCUACUUUUUGUUCGUGAUGUUCAUGUAAAUAAUGUGAAUAAUAAAGUACAUCAAAGUAAGAUUUUAACUGGAAUUAUGUACAGAAAUAUUCUAAAUUACAUAAUAAGCCGCGCAUAGUUUAGUGUAUAUAGAAAACGAUGAGGUUUCAUAGAAGGUGCGGCGACCGGGUCACACUAUUGAAUGAAAACUCUACAGCUGUUAGAAAUUUUGUAGAAUUUAACCAUGGCCUGAUAUUAAGCUCAGAACCAUUGAAGGAUGAUGUUAUAUUUGAAGUUACUGUUGAUAGAAAGGUGAAUGUUUGGAAUGGAAGCCUGGAAAUAGGUGUUACAACAUUGGACCCUGAGUUUAUGGAAUUACCUGCUACGGCAACAAAACUCAGGAAUACAGCAUGGAUUAUGUCAGGCAGUUCCAUUGUGAAGGAUGGUGUCACUUUGGUCAAUUCAUAUGGACCAGAACUGGACACCUUGCGGGAGGGCGACUGUAUUGGUGUUAUGAGAACUAGUAAGGGAGAAUUAACAUUUUAUCUCAAUGGUCGUUGCCUGGGAAUAGCUGCAAGAGAUCUUCCUUCAAGAUUAUUUGCAGUGAUUGAUUUGUACGGACAGUGCGUCCAAGUGUCUAUAUUGCGUUCAAAUGAGAUAAGACCAAUCAUGGACAGUAGUAUUGAACAGAUUGAAGAGGAUCCAAACAACGAUGAUACUCUUACAUCUAGUGAAAUGGAUGUUGCCGGUCUUCCACCCGAGUCCAGCCAAUGCCCAAAAGAACCUCAUGUUUACAUUCCAAUGCCUUCCGAAGGUGCAUGUGCCCUUGUGCCACAUGACCGACUGCGGUUUCAUCCAAGAUGUGGAAUCUUAGUGAAACUGUCAAGUAAUAACAAGACUGCGGAACGAGCUCGUCCACUUGAUGACUACAAUAAUGGUGUGGUGAUGACACACCGUCCACUCUAUGACAACGAACUGUUUGAGAUACGAAUAGAUAGGCUCGUUGACAAAUGGAGUGGAAGUAUUGAGGUUGGUGUUACUACACACAACCCUGCUACGAUACGAUUCCCGUCCACUAUGACCAACAUGGACACUGGAACUAUAAUGAUGUCAGGAUGCAAGGUGCUUCUCAACGGUCACGGCACUUGCAUGGAGUAUGGCAACUUUAAUCUUGAUGAACUAAGAGAAGGUGACACCGUUGGUAUGAUGAGGAAGAGCAAUGGUAAAUUGCACUAUUUUAUCAAUGGUAUCGACCAAGGUGUUGCUACUGAUAAGGUAGACCAACAAGUUUGGGGGGUGGUGGAUCUAUAUGGAAUGACUGUCAAAGUAUCCAUUGUGGAUCCUUGCGAAGAUUUGGAUAGUAACAUCAAUAAUCCACCUCUCAUGCUCGCUUCGCCUGAAAUUCCUGCUCCCAGCAAUUUUAGACCAACAAUAGACGAAGAGAGCCUUUUAUUUCAUACGCUGCGUGAUUCGAAUGUUAUUAUUAUUAACGAUGGUAAGACUGCUCAUAGGCCUAAUGCUUUCAAGUACUUCAACAACGGAAUCGUAAUGACGAACCGUACCUUAAAAACUAACGAACUUUUCCAAGUACGUCUCGACCUUGUCAUCCCGAAGUGGGCUGGAAGCAUUGAAAUUGGAGUCACGCAGCAUUCUUCAAAUGAUAUUAAAUUCCCUUUUAAAAUGAGCAAUGCCAAAUCCGGCACGUGGGCUGUGACCGGAGAAGACGUAAUUCGAGACGGUACUAUUAUAAUUCCACAGUACGUACGAAACCUCAACAAACUUGUGGAAGGAGACACUGUAGGAGUCAUGCGUAAGGAGUUGGGCAUCCUGCAUUUUUUUGUCAAUGGUGUGGAUCAGGGACCGGCUGCGUUCAAUGUUCCUGAACACGUGUUUGGCAUAGUAGAUUUGUACGGUCGCGCAGCACAAGCGACAAUAGUGGACGAAUACACGCCACCGCCAAUAUAUUCCCCCGAAUCACCACUGUCUUCCGAGUCUAAUGCUACAAUAUUUCCUGAGAUGUGCUUCCAUCGCGUGCACGGUCGCAACGCGCGUCUGAGUCGCAACCGUCUGACGGCCUGGCGCGCCACCGUCUAUUCCGAGUUCAAUGACGCCGUGUUGUUUAGCUCACGACCUCUCCGUGAAUGCGACAUGUUUGAACUUCGUAUUGAUAAAAUGGUUGACUGCUGGAUUGGGAGCCUUGAAAUUGGUGUGACGGCAAUACGUCCUGAUGAUUUGGAAGCUAGCGGUGGUGUCGGUGCGAUUGCGGGAACAGCUACCGACCUCAACUGGGACACUUAUAUCCUCAGUGGAGCAGCUAUGAUGAAGGAUGGGGAGUGCGUGCGAAGUGGAUACCCCCUAGACUUGGAUACUCUCACUGUUGGCAGUCGUGUUGGUAUGAUGUGGCAUGCUGACCGCAGUCUGCAUUACUAUUUGGAUGGUAUGGAUAUGGGCAAGGCUUGGUAUGUGCCCCAUCUUAACAUUUACGCUGUCGUCGACUUGUAUGGCCAGUGCACUCAGGUGACAAUAUUGCAAAAUGAAGAGCGGGUGUUUAAUUACAAUGGGUGCACGAAUUCAGAUAAUUCCAUGCUAAGCAACUCCAGAGCUAUGUCGUCGCCACCACCACCGUAUUGGAGCUUUUCCGAGUACGCUGGUGAUAAUGUAUGUUUAUUGCACGAGUAUACAGUCGCUCGACGACUGACGUCUGAUCCGAUGUCGGCGCUCGUGUUCAGUUCCGCUCAUCUUGCUUUGGGAGAAUUAUUCGAGGUGAAGAUAUUGGAGUGUAAACACUCAUACGCUGGUAGCUUCCGUAUCGGGAUCACAGAUAUCAACAUCUUGAAUGCGCAUGUGAACCGCAGCUUGCCUCCUAGCGUCGCUUGCCUGCCUCACUUCACCGCGUACAUUGAUGGGCGCUUCAUGAAGUACUCUCACCCGGGUACCCGAAAACAAGAAAUAUACUCGUUUGUCCCGUCGUUCGAGUGGCUGCGCCCCGGAGAUAGAAUCGGUCUGAAGAAAAUCAACGACAACCGCGUUAUCGUCUUCUACAAUUCUGAACCGCUCGACACUUGCUUCGAGAGAGUUCCCGACAAAGUGUACGUGGUCAUUGAAUUGUACGGUCACGUCACCAAGAUACAAGCAGUCUCCCAGGGAGUUCUCGGGGCUGGACUGAAUCAAACAACGAUUCCUAACGACGGCGAGGACUUCUCGAAGCGUAUAGCGACGCCAUUGAAUUUAGGCCAUUUAAGCAGUGACAAUACAGACGAGGUCUUUGAUAUUCACGGAUCGUUAGCGGGUGCCGGGUGCCCACUCGCGGGUGUUCGGCCACGAAAUUCUGACCGUACAUUUGACUCAGCCGACGAUCCCGGUGAAGAUACGACGAGUGAGGAUAGCGUUGCUGACGAUCUAGCUGAAGACGAAGCGUCUGCCGCUGAAGACGACAUAAUGGGUCGUAAGAACAAGGCUCCCAUACUAAAGGGCAAGUACGCCAAGCUUGCCGCACAGGCUGCUCAAGCUGCCGCUGAAGCGCAAGCUGCUGCUCGGGCUGAGGCUAGAGCUGCCGCCCAGGCUCAAGGCAAAGGUAAAGGAAAAGGAAAGCGUGGGAAGGCCUCUUCUCCUCCGAAGGAGUUACCAGCUGCAUCAACGUCUGCUGAGCCAACGACUCCUAGUGCGGCGGUAGAUGUAGCUGCUGUUGUAACUGCAGCAUCCGGCUCUGGCUCCGGGUCGGGUUCGGGUGUUGAUGCCGAAGAAGCAGGCGCUCAAGAUGAUGAGCCUCCCGCCGGUCCGUCCACUGAACCACCGUUCGAUCUCUCGGAACCACUGGGCGAUCCACCCGCCGAGCCAAACGCUGAGUCCGAGCCCGAGCCCGAGCCGAGUCCAAGCCGCAACAACCUGCCUUACACGUUCUUCAAUAUACAUGGCGUCAACAUCAAACUGUGCAGCUCAGACACUGUGGCGAUGCGUUUCCAAGGAUACAAAGAAGGCCUGGCAGUCGUUGGCCAGCCAUUGCGCCGCGGACAUAAUUUUAGGUUCCGUGUGGACAAGAUGUGUGAUGAUUGGGUGGGCACCAUAUCCAUUGGGGCAGUGGGCACGCUCCCAGCCGAGCCUAUCAGGAACGGCAUCCCCAUGGAGACACCCUGCUGGAUGCUUUCCAGCGAUAUGAUCAAUGACAACGGGACAUUCUACCACUCGUUGAUCGGGAUGGUGUUGGAAGAUUUGACGGAGCAGUCGGUCCUCACUCUACACUUCCGCUUCACCAGUGAGUUAGUACUGCAGGUCAAUGGGAAACUGAUUGGCUGCAUAGCUACCAUUCCGCGCAGGUUCAGCCAGGUAUACCCGGCUGUUGACUUAUACGGCACUAUUUGUCAGGUGUCGGUGUUACUGCAUCCUUACGUUAUUACAAGCGGAGCAUCGCUCGAUUUGCCAGUCAUCAGCGAAUUUCAAGAAGAGUCAUUUGAUGGUCUCUCAGAUGAUGAAGCUGAAGCGGUAAGCGAAGGGCAGACGGAAAGGAAACGCAAGAAGAAAGCCUACAGUCAAGACAAUCUGAUUCAUGAUGAAGAUCUCCAUUGGGAGCCUCCGUACAUGCCCGCUGGGCCCAGCCAUGGUCUUAGCUUCACGCCCUACCGUGUGCCAACUCCUCUUCCUUACCGUACACCGAGCCCAUAUCCAAAAACAGGAGCGAAGCCAUUGGAGAGCCCAGAGCCAAUCCCUGUGGUUGUUAUUAAGAAAAAGUAUAAAAAGAGUAAAAACAAAGAUGCUAGAGUUCGGGCCGUUCUAGCUGAAGCUCCAAUGUACACAAGCCUUAAUUUACCGCUGUACCAAAUCGCUGAUAAUAACGAGAUGGUGAAUCGCUGCAUUAAAAAGAGUCACUCGACGCACAACUUUUCCAUAUCGAGCGAUGAACAGGAGUCCUCCAGUUCUCUCCGACACACAAGCAGUGUGGGAUCGCAAGCCGACGACGACAGGGAACUACGUCGUCGCGUGGAUAUGUACAGGCCACCCGUCGGAUCAUUCUUAGACACCAACAUACGUCACAAUGAUCGUUACCCAGAAGUGAGCGAUGUGGACAACUUGGACAAUGAAAUAGUUGACGCCCUUACUAUGGAGACUGGGAACUUGCCCGAUCUGACUGAAGAACAAUCAUCGUCAUUUGAAAAUUCGCGUCGCGAUGAUUAUUGGGCAGAUUUGUUGCCGGUGGAGUACAUGCGCUACCUCAACCGCAUCAUGUGCUUGGAUCAGGACGGGGCUGCUUGUCAGAGCUUGGAGUCUGAGUGGGAGGCUUCUGGGCAGGGUUGCGAGCACCUGCACCUCGUGCUUAAGUACUGGAACCAUCUUGUUGUGCCGCACCCGGAACUGCGCCAAGCAGUGUCCUGGGGACAGGUGCGGUGCUAUUGUGCCAACUGCUUUCCUGAUGAUAGAUCACCAUUCGCUGGCUGGGUGCGUAUCGAGCGUAUUGACGGCGUUGGCGCCGCGCAGCGUGGAUUCUGGCAUGUAGUGCGGGGUACACUGACCGCUGCGCAAGCCGACGGCAUGGACCGCGGGCCCGUGCGCCGUCCCAGGGGACUAUACUCUGAACCCGUUUCCUCGCUGCCAUUCCACGACGUAUGGCUGGACGAUGAGGGGAAGCCGCACCACAGCUUGUUGUGUAUAGAGAUUGAUAUCGAGGGCUCGAACGAAGAAAACGAUCGUCUACUGGCGUUCUUGAUCAACUUGCGGCCACAAUUGACUUUUCCUGACGACUACUCAGAAUAAUCGUCUUUGCAUAAUUAUACUCUACUUGUCAUCCUCUGUACUCUUUGAUAGCACCGUGAACGUACUUAUAAUAGAGAUUAACGUAUUCUAUCAUGUCCGAGAUACAGGUGUACUCAUCACGGUGCGAAUUUUUUGAAUUGAUAUUAUUAUAUGUUAGUAAUUAAGGGACGCAAGACGGUUGUCGUUUAAGUAUUAUUAAUAGUAUUUAAUUGUAGAUCUGUGCCGUUAGCAAGGCAUUUUCGCUACAGUGUUUUUUGAUCUUCAGGUUGAGUGUCUGGAAUACUAAAAGUAAUCAUGGAACUGAAAUAAAGCCAUAGUUUAUAUUAUGAAAACGAAAUAAAAUUUAUGUGUACUAUUGGUUCAAUCUCAUGAAAAUUGAACAAUGGUAUAUAAAAAUAUAAGGAACAUUAAUAUUUUAGCAUUUGACGACGUGACAUUUAGAGGCCAUUAUCCAGUUCCCAAGUGAAGGAAAAGUGUGAAUGAGUAGGACCCUUGAGUGAAGCGAAUCAGCUUUACAACUUCAAGUAUUAUGACCCGUUUCACAUACUCCGGUUAGCCACUACUUUAGUACCUUCCAUAUAAAUUAUAAUAUUGUAGGAACUAUCUUCCAUUAACUUUACCGGGUACUUUAAUGAGAGUAGUGAAACAGGUUCAUAGUGUAACAGAGGAGCGUGUGUUAUUGUGGUGCUCGUAGCCGAUAGGACUAGCCGCUUAUGCUAUGGAUAGAUAGGUACUAUUUGCUCGCUGAUGUUACAGUAAGAUGGCUUUGUGAUAGUGAAGCAUUGAGGUUAUACUUGAUACGGUAAUGGUAAUUAAAUACAUAUCCAUCUGAUGGCACUGUUAUUUACUUUGCACUACCAAGAUAAUGACGAACAAAGUUUGGGAUUUCUAAACCACGGAGUCAAUUUGAAGUAACCUUGCAUAGGUUGCCACAUGAGAAACUGGUUUAUUUACGUAUCUUGUAUAAACCCCUUGCACCAGUUACGUGCGGAGCUUGGUAGGUAAGUAAGAACAAGAAAUGUUGUAAGAAAUUUGAAAUUGUAGCGAGAACAAAGUUCUAAAAGUAUUGUUGGUAGAUAUAUGACAAUAAAUUUGCUAACACCUAUUUUUUACGAGAAAUAAAAUUGGUGGGAAGGCUUUAGCGAUCAAUUUCAAUUAAAAUAUUUAGUGCGGUGUAACUGCAAUUUCAACAGUUAGUUCAAUAUUUGAACUGUACUGGCGUGGCGUGUGGGAUCUGAAGUCUAUGUGCACUGUAGGAUCAAAAGACACUGUACAGUUUACUACUAGUCACUUGAUAUUGUAACACCUCAUGGAACUUAUCCUCCACAGUCUAAUUGAUAAUAGCAGCGUUAAGCACAUUACUUUCGUGAUCUCAGAUACUCUUACAUUUUGUUAGUUUAUAUUUGCGCAAUAUUACUUUACGUUUAUGGAAGUAUUGAUUUAGCCCAGUUUAGAUAUUGUAAUAUGUUUUAAGGAUGCAUUCACAGUAGAGUUAGGAAGCGAUGGGAACACAUUAGCUUGCGGUGCUGUUUAUAGACGAGUGGCGUAUGUAUCGUUGUGUGAUAGUGAGCGAUGAGACUGACCAACUGUGGCUGAACCCUUAUUUCAUUGGCUAUGUUCCGAAUAAUAAACAGUAUGUGUUAAAAUAUUAUUUUAUUAUAUUUGGAAAUGCUUUAAAGAUAUUUUAUGAUUAGAGUAUGAUAUUAUUUAUUUUAUUUUGCAGUUACAAUGCAGCUAUUUUAAGAUAAUACUAUUAUAUGUCUACAUAUUCAUAGUAGGUAGAGGGCGACUAUUCGCACAAUCGUUUCAUGUAAUCAUUAGUUAAGCAAGAUUCAGACAUUUUGAACUUUCAGUAGCGGUAUUCAUUAUCCAAUAGAUGUUAGUAUAUAUGUUAUAGUGCUGUCAAUGCAUAUGGAAACUGCAUGUUACAUAUGUAAAGAUACUAUAUAAUAUGUCGGUUUAAUUGUCGAAAACAAUAAAUGUGUAGAAUUCAUUGACAUGUGAAAAAUUCUGUGUGUAUAAUGUUCUGAUGAAAUAAAUGACUAUCAUGAUC